AUGACAUUUAAGAGACCUAAACAAGGAAGCAGUUACCAAUGUAAGCACAAGAACUACACUGAACCCUCAAGACCUCCAACUGCCUCCUCUUGUGAUGCCCUAAAGAAGACCGCUGUUUCAGAUGAGGAUUACAUUUUUAGCAUUCCCGAAAUUGAAAACCAAAAUAAUUUUUUGGCAUCACAGAUAAUUUCGGAAGCACAUCCAAAAGUGGACAGUCGCACAAAUAUUGAAAAUCCAGGCUUUUGUGGUUGGUCAAAGGUGGAAAAGAAGAUCAUGUCAAGUGAUAUGUCUCUCCCCAAGUGCGAGGCACUAAAGUCGAGGAAGGUUCAGAGGAGCAUGCGCGGUCGACGCAUCUCCUCUGCUCGAUGGUCCUCACCAUCGGCCGCGCGGGCUCGACAGCUCACUGCGCAAAGCGCCUCUAGGUGCCAAGAGGAAUCUAAAUUAUUCAUCCAUUCUCACACUGACCGAUUCAUUGAGGACUACAGGGAAUGCAAGGUGAAAAAUUUGAGGGAAUCAAGAAACAUCGUCACGCCCCAACAUCGAUCAGCAGGUGGUGUGUGCAGUAGGCUUGCUGAGUCUGCAUAG